AUGGCGUCUUCCGCAUCACCGCCGGCCUCCAGUGGGUCGAAUCCUGGCGCUGCCUCCACGGGCGCCGGCAAAAACAGGGAAGUCAACUCAGGGGAGGUUCCUUGGUUCAUUGCGACUCGUGCUACCAACCACAUGACCGGAGACAAGAGUCUCAUCUCCAACCUGGUACCUGUAAACAACCAAGUUGUCGAAGCAGGGGAAGGCGAGGGGAUGAAGGUGUGUGGCAAAGGGUCUGUGAACACAGAGAAAGUGGUCCUCCCUGACGUGUGGUAUGUCGCAGGGCUUACUGCGAACGUUGUGUCUGUGGGGCAGCUAACUGAAGAUCACAAUCUGAUUGUUCAGUUUGGUGGUGGAAUGUGUCGCAUCAGCAAGGAGAGUGAUGGGUCUGUUCUCGGUAGAGCACCUUUGAGGCCUGAUAGGAAGUAUGCAGUAGACUUUCUGAAAAUUGAGCUGAAUUAA